AUUUAAUAUUUUAAUAGUUUCGUUUUCGCCAUUGAGGCCAGAGGGUAUGUAAAAUUAAAGCGUUUGGGUGUCCCACUUCAAGUUUUUGGUACAUGUAAGAAUUAGAAAAGAAGCAAACAAGAAAAUAAUGUAAAGACAGCAUGGGGAAUGAUGAAGCAUAAAAUGAAUCACACCAUAUUGCAAAUAAAAACAGAUUGAGCUACUCAUUGACAGCCAUGGCAGACGUGUGUAUUCGGAUGUGUGACUCUAUGCACCACAUUCCCCUGCGGAUCCUGUGUGUCAUCAUCGCUCUUCUGCAAGGCAGCGUCCUCAACUACUACCUUGUGAAGCACAAGAAUGUCUCCUGGUAUGCCUGGAUAGUUGCUGACAUCGCAAUUCUCCUCUUGUUUGUGACAGCAUUUAUUAUUUCCUAUAAACACUUAAAGUUAGCAAGCAAAUCAUCACAACCUAAAGCCCCUAUACAAACAGGCUCCUUGCCUCUAGCUUAUAUUGUCUGGUUAGUUUACAGUGUUAUUCUUGCAGCAAGAGUUGCCAUCAUUUUUAGAGAUUUUGCCUGGCAAUUAGAUGAAGAGGACUUCUUUGGUCCGAAUACAUUAAAAAUCAACAUCUCAAUGGCUGCGUUUGUGUUCCUACUAUUGCUAUUAAGCCAUCAUGAUGCAGGAAUUGACUCGGAAAGAAAACAUGCAAUACUUGAGAUUACAGGAACUGUGGUCUUUGACAUUCUAGACUCAAUUGAUGUUCUUGACAUCAUGUUCGAGAAAUCAGCAGUAGACAACUUUCCAGCCCACUUGGACACAGCAAUACUGAUCAUCGCUUGCGUUAACCUAGUCCUACCGACCCUGCCUUUAAUGACACUCAGCAAGGCCCAUUUUGGCCACAGAUUUAUUCCACGUGAGAUUACUAUCCUGCACAAAAUAAUGAUAGUGUUUUUCGUGAAUCUCCCUCUACUGGCUAUCCGACUGGUGCUCUGGCACUUGUUAAGUUUGGACAUCUCCAUAUUUCCUGUGAAGAACCUUAUCGUUAUAUUUCUUGUAUUCCAUUACCUGUACGAGAAGCGUAGAGAGGAUCUUAAACGACAGGAGGCAGACAACACUGAUGGAGUGGAAGAAAACUGUGAGAUAGAAGGUCCAUCAAUGGAAGGGUUUAGGUUAAGCUGCAAGUGAUCAUUUGAACUCUUUGGGCAGUAAACGCUUCCAUAAGCUUGCAUUUACAUGUUUUCUUGACCUUUUUACCUUUUACGUGCAUGUAUAUGCAUUUUACAAAGCAAGGCUAAUGUAUACAGUGUGAAGUUUUAAUUCUAAAAUUAGCCUUUCAAUAACAUUUGUUUAUACAUGUAUAUUUUUGUUUGAAUCUUUAAUAUGUUUUAACUGUGCAUUAUGUUAACAUUUAUAUGUUCAACUUGUUCAUAUAUAAUUGAAAGAUUUAAAUGAAACUUUCUUUGUUAUUGAUAAUUUUUCUAAUAUGCCAUAGUCCUUAGCAUAAGUAUUAUUUUGUAGUAUUUAAGAAGUGAACCAUGUACAUGCAUGAUAUUUAAUAAUUUCAAAAUGUCUCAUUUAUAUUCUAGUUCAUAGUAAAGAAAUAUAAUCUAAGUACAAAAUUCAAUAAAAGUAUAACAUUUCAAUCAAUUGGAUUUUUUUGCUUCUGAAUGACUUUUUGUUCUUCAUGAACUUAUUAACAUGUAAAGUUAAACUGUAUUAUUUAAACUAUCUUUCCAAAAUAAAUAAAGAAUUUUCUGUAAAAAAAAAGAUUUCAGGUUUGUUUCAAGACGAAGCUCUUCUGUAGGUAAUUACACAAACUUGGGCUGAGGAUACCAAUUAAUGAUUACACACCAUUUUGAAAAGGUUGAAUUAUAUUAAGAAUGUAAUGAAGUAAUUUAUAUAACUUUUUCAGUUAAAAUAUCUGGAUCAAUUUUUGAGCAUUUUCCAUACAACAAGAUAGAGUAAAUUUACAGACAAUUUACAUUUAACACUUCUUGAAUUAAAGUGUGAAAAUAAGAUAUGGUUGUCGUUAACUGGUAAGUUAAAAAUACUUUUAUUACUGUUCAGCCCUGCUUUAAGUUUCCAGUAUUAAAACUGCAAUUGUAUGUUAACUGCUCUUGUUCAAGUAAUUUCUUUCCUUCAUUGAUGAUUUUUGAUAUUAAUGAAAUCUUGCCAUUUUAAUGUGGGCCAUGUCUCGACUCAUUUGUUCUGUAUCUUGUGAAGAAUGGAAUGAUGCCUUUGCCACUGCAUUUACCCUCUAUGUGUUCAUUGUAUAUGAGUUUGUUAAUGUGUUCACAUGUAUUGUGUAUAUGCCUUUAUUGAAGUGCCUGCAGCCGUAUUCAUAAAGCAUCUUAAGUCAUUUCCUAUCUUAAGGCGAUUUCUUAACAUUUUCAUAGUCAAGUUAAAAGAAAUGUGUAACUGUUUUUAACACUACUGUAUGGGGGUUAUCAAUAAGGUCAAUGAGAAUAAGAUAUUUUGGAAAUUCAGCAUUUUUUGUUUCAUAUGCUUAACGAGAUACUCAAAUUAGGAAAUGACUUAAGAAGUUUAAGGUGUACCACCCCUGAGGUGUAGCUCAAUAGUGUUAAAUGCCACUGUGUUUGUUCAGGGUCACUAUUCCUUUAGUCAGAUGACAUUUUAUGUUUGAGGAGCUAAUAGUUAUAGUUAAAGGAUCUAAGUUUAAUCAUCUUAAAUAUAUAUACACAUCACUUCCUUAACUUAUUUUUAUUUUUAUGCUUUCAUCAAUUCAAAAUGCACUGAUAAGUACCCAAAACAAAAUAUGACACUAAGAUAUUUUCAAGUUACAACUAAGGUCACUAUUGAACGAUGACUGCUCUAGCAAAUUAAGAUCAUUAAAUACAUUUGCACAUUCAUUUAUAUAAAUGUACAUUCUCGGCAUAGUUUGUAUUUUUAUAUGACUCUUCGUUAAGUACAGUUAUUUGUAGUUUAGGGCUGUUCUUUAUGUUACUACUCAUAAGUGCAUUAACAUUCACAUUUUCUGCACUAAAUUCUUUCCAAUCGUCGUACAUGCAUCUUAUCUUUUUGCCAUUUUAUCAUUGAACGAUUAUUUUGAUUUGGAUAUUUAGUAUGUAUGUUUUUAAAUUGAGCUCACAUUUGCAAUUUGAAAGCCUAAUUAUGAAGUUUUAUUUGAUUGUUUUAUGUGUGUAAAAUAUCUUGCUUUCUAGGAUUUAACAUUGGCCUUUUUUAUUUUUUUCUGUUGUGUAAUAGUACAUGUUUAAACAUGUCAUAGUUUUAGUAUACUCAUACACAUGCAAUGAACUUUCCCAUGCGGUUUGUAUUCGAUAAUUAGCCGUGAUUUGCCUCUGCAGUUUUGCUGGUUUAGCCCAAUAUGAUUCUGCCAUAGAUUACAAUAAAGAAGAAGUUUUCUAAACUA